UUUGAAGCAGUUUCUCCUGGCACGGCAAGAAGACCCUCCUAGAGUGAUCGCCGACGCAGUGAGACCGUGUGGCGACGACCAAGACGCACCACCAACUCCGUAUCUGUGACACGUAUGUGAGGCGCGCUCGGAAAUUGGACGCUGAUUGAAGAGAGUGCUCUCGACUGUGUCCCCGGCGAAUGGCCGGUGGCCGUUGUUGUGGUGGGGCUUUCUUGAGCAACCUAUCGCCCGCCUGACGGUGCACGCCCCAGUGCCAGAGUGUGAACCAGUGUCCAUCUCGCCCAAAACUCCCGUCACGAUCGCGACACGGCAAAAUGCUCGAAUCAAUGAUCAUGAACCGAAUCUUUCGGUACUUCAUGAAGUUCCACGGGUACUUCAUCGCGUUUUGCACGAUCUUCUUCACGUCGGUCAUCAUCGUCAGCUCGUUCAUGGGCCGGGAGGUGCGCGACGAGCCGCUGUUCGUGGAGGAAGAAUUAGUCGAGGCGGUCCAACGGUUCCCGGUGCUGAUCCAGCUCGAGUCGGCCCUCUGGCUGUGCGCCUCGGCCCUCCUGGUGGCCGGCCUGUACCGGGAAAACAAAAACUUUCUCACCCCCUUUCUGGCGCUGUUCAUCGUCGACGGCGUGGUCGUGAUCGUCCAGGAAACGGUUAACCUCUGCACCGGGCGCCCCUCGGAGCUGGCCAUGAUCGAGACCCGCCAGCUGGUCAUCAUGCUACUGGCCAACGUGUACGUGCUGGUCAGCCUGAUCGUGCUGUACCGGAUGUUCGGCAAGGGCCCGCUGCCGGUGCCGCAGAACAACUUUGUGCGCUUCGACAACGAACAGGACGUGGAGUCGGGACCGGCCGCGGCUCAGGCCCCGCCACAGACCGCGACGGCGGUCCACGGUGUCCCGGCGAUCGGUGCCACCUAGGUGCCGAGGCGUGCUGUAGUGCCCGCAAAAAUGCUAGUGAAAGUGAUGUACAUAUUUCGUGGUGUGAAGUGGAACAUUUUGUACGUGUGAACGAGAACUGUCUGUAUGUGUGUGUAUGUGUGUUGUGAGAUAAAUGUGGCGAAGUGACCGCAGCGAAGUGGCCUGCAGCAGCAGCCGCCGCCAGGGGGAAGAUGCGGAUCGCAGGCGUGGAUUAGGCAGCGUUGUCCAGCUGGCUGCGACGCGUAUGGGACCUCAAACGCCGCCUCACGUGCCGUUCCACAAUUGGCCACAAUUAGGUGCUACCGAUCCGGCGGCCGGCGGCCACUUGCGCGAGCUGCCUGAAUGCGAAUCCAAUCUGCCUAUUGUAGUGGCCGGCGGCGGCGGAGGCAAAGGUGUAUGUGAUAGCGCGCGCGCACUCGGCGUACGCAUAAUACGGCCGGUGUCCGUGUCCUGGGCCGCGCGAAGGAUGCGCCGCUGAUCAAAGCGAUCCGCAGCAGCAGCAGCAGCAGCAGCAGCAGCAGCAGAGUAGCGAGACCGGGCCGUUUGCUAUUGUUAGGCCAUGCGGCGUAUGUUGUGCGUUUCCGUUGUUUUAUUUUAGCCGACCAAAUAGCCAGUAAAGUAGUGGUGCGUCCGGUGGCCGCCUUACGUUGCAGCGGCACACGUUCGUUCUAUUUUUAAGUGCAAAUUGUCUCGUUACGCGCGAGGCCCACGGUGUGUGACCAGACAUUCCGUGUCCGCGCGAUGGCCAUCCGCCGUGGCCGCGGACCGCGCGUAUCAGUAUCAUUAGUACCGAGUGCGCUCGUCUCGCUCAGAGCUGAAGGUGGUAGCAGUAAUGUGUAGUAGAUACCCCCCGCGAGAGGCGCUAAACAAUUAAUAAACAUAUCGUAGGACCCCGCUUGGCGCUUGGUGGCACAUCGAGGCGGUAAUUCGAGCACCGACUGCAAUUUAAAACCACCCCAAAAAAGGUCAUUAGUAAUGUUGCCAACGCCAAAGCAAAUAAAUACAUACUUUUCGUGUCCUGCUGGCCGCGCGGUCCUGCUGGCCGCGAACUG